AUUAAUUUCAUUAAAGAUCUUCUUCCCCCUAAAUUCCAGCGAGAACUCAACCCUAACUCACAGAUAGCAGCGAACAAUCGAACUCGCGUCACCGGAUUUCGUCGACCGAGCAUCACCGAACUUCCCGCUUCCCACCGCCGUAAACGUCGUUGCCUGAGCAGCGCCCAACUUUAUCGCCUCGCACCGCUGAAAUUCGUGGUGAUAUUUUUGGGUGUCCCAAGAAUUGAGAUGAAGAAACCCGAGCCUGCUACUGCAACUUCAAGUAAAAUUAGAUUUGACGAUAGUGAUGACCAUGAGUUGUCGUCUGAGGAUGAGGGUGAAAUAGAGCGGGAGCUCGCCGAGGUAACGUUUGAGGAGUUGCAGAGAGCAAGGUCUGAUGGCUCUGAAAUGGUUUAUAGGAAGCAGAACAUGGAGAAGAAAGGCAGUCGAGCGAAUAAGAAUAGGCCAAUGGAGAUGAGUAGCAAGAAGCCUGUCAGCAGAUUCAGAGAAGUUAUUCAAGUGCCUAAAAAGGUGGUACGGGAUCCUCGUUUUGAAUCAUUAUGUGGCAAUCUUGAUGUGGACGGGUUCAAGAAGAGAUAUAACUUUCUUUAUGAGAAUAUACUUCCAGCUGAAAAAGAGGAACUAAAGAAACAGAUGAAGAAAGCAAAAGAUCCAGAAGCCAUAAAGGAAUUAAAGUAUCGAAUGGCCCGGGUUGAUAAAGAAUUGAAGUCCGCAGUAACAAAGCGCACUGAGAAGGAUAUAUUGGCUGAGCAUAAGAAGAAAGAGAGGGAAGCUGCAAAGAAAGGCAAACAACCUUAUUAUCUGAAAAAAUCGGAACUUCGGAAGCAAAAGCUUGUUGAGAAGUACAAGGAACUCAAGGAUUCUGGCAAACUUGAGGCUUUUAUUGAGAGAAAGAGAAGGAAGAAUGCUGCAAAGGACCACAGAUACAUGCCAUAUCGACGCCCUGCUGAAGAAGGAAGCCAAUAGAAUCACUAAGUUUUUCUACUAACUACUCAAUUGAAAGCCUGCGCUCCUUUCUGUUGCAACUAUUCUGCAGACAUGCUUUUCCAGUUUGGUACGCAGGAAGGAUGCUAAUCAUGCGAUACAUUGUUGUGCAUUGACUGAUUCUACGAGUUAUGGCUAUCUUAUCUUUACCCUUCGGUCGAAGAUGUGCAAAUGUCUUAAUGAAGCAGGGGAAAGUUGCAUGGUUUUGUCUUUGUUUGAUGAGGAGCGUUUGACCGACAUGGAACUCAGAAUUCUUCUUCCAGUUCUGCCUUAAUUUAUCUAGUUACUAUACUGUAGUAUGAAUCUGCCAGAGCUUCUUAUUGCCAGGGUGUUAAAGCACCAACUUGAUGACUUGGUUAUGACUUAAACAGGGUAGCAUAUAUUUAAGUACAGCAA